CAGGGAUCUAGAAGUGGCAAAAGCAGGGAUUGGUCAUUUACGUCAGCAGCAAGUUUGACCGCCUUCUAUUCGGGGCUCAGCAUGGUGUAUAGACGCUAGCUUACUCCAGCUAGCGUACUACUCUUAACAGUUAACCCUCUAAUUAGCGCUUUCAUAAUCUCGUGAGUGUCUACGCAGUAAGGUAGGUAGGUACACGUAUGCAGGUACCUAAGGUACUUUACUAUGUAUGGUUGCCGACACCGAGACAGUGGCCGAGAAGCAAGCCCCCCCAAACUGUCAGCAACGUCUAGCGGCCAGGCCGUUGGGCAAACGGCCUCUUCUAGCCCUUCUAGCCCAGCAGCAUCAUCCACGUAUUCCGACUCGGCUACAUUCCCUUCCCAGAGCUGGUGCUGUCUUUGUCCCUCACGAGUGUUUGUCCCAUGCGCCCCCGCGUGCCUGCUCUGAGCCGAUCUUGUCUCUAUUUUUGGCUGUUUUUUCAUUCAGGGUCUUCCAAGCCCGUCCCCACCACCCACCAUGCCCCUUACAUUCUUCGUCAUUCCUCCCGGCUUCCUUGCGGAAACCGGAUUCCGCCGUCUCUUUUCAGAGGCCGGCAUUCGUCGGCUGCUCUCCGCUGUCCCUUUUCCUCAUUGGCAAUCCUCCGGUAUAUCAAGGGUCUUAUAGGGGUCCCGGUCCGCGACACUGGCCAAGCAUAGGUAGCCUGGACGCCGAGUUUCGCCUCACUGGGUCAUUUAGACCUGUUCUCCGCGGCGGACGACGUCAUUCCUGCACUCGAGCGUCGUCCUUGCUCUGGAACAGCAUGUCCGCAGCAUACAGGGUGAUGCUUGCCGACAACAGUCACCGUGGGCAGGCAGUGCGUGCACUGUAGCCGUGUCGUCUUUGGUGCCACUGGCUCGAGCAGUCUCCAAGGGGGACUUGAUCCGCCAGAUAAUAUUCGUCGGCUCUCGGAAACGCCCCCCAGUGCGAUACGCGUACGCCCGCGAAUUUCCAGAUGAACCUCCCAAAGACGAGCCGAUGCGAAAUAAAAACACUGGACCGAGGACCGCGUUUCGUCCCGUCCAACUUCUACCCAUCAGGGCACCCACGACACCCUUGCGAAAAGCCUCAUGUCCUACGACCCUCGUCGUGCGUUCCUCUUCUUCCGAGAAGCGGCGGCAGCAGCUAGGGGUAUGGGUUAGGUUAGCGGUGGUUACAGCAGCACUUACCCCCGCGAGCGGACACUUUCU